UGGAGCUCCUGGCCCGGCCAGGUUAGCCAGUCGCUGCUGGUCUUGUAGGUAUGGAGCUCGGGUCCCUGGCUGAACCCCGCUUCUUUCGGGCUCUGGCCUGUCAUGCAGCUCCCUCUAUCACCUAACAGUCUGACAGACAGACUGGACUCGGGGGGCUCCAGCCCUUCUUCCACGUUUGACCUCUGCAGCCUUGCCCUUAGCUGCUGUCUCUGGUCUGUGGUCUUCCCACCGGAAAGUUGAUGCAGAAUAAGGGGGGCGGGGUUGAGCACGAAGUGUAAAUAAUGAUAGGAGACCUGCGUUAUUCAGAAUUUCGAAGAUUAUGCCUCAGAGAGGGUCCUGAGGUGGCUGCGGUGAGCCGUCAAAAGACGGUGAGACGUCAAAAGAGGAAACCUCAGGCGGGAUUCCAGGAAAGCUUUGCCUUCUCUCACCUUAUGGUGGUCGUGCCCAACCAACGAUAAAUGAAGUUAGUGAAGAGCAUUAGCGGGCUCUCCUUGUGCUUUAGGUGAUUAACAGACUGGAAACUAGGAACAAACUGGAAAGACGACCUCCCAGAACAAUCUGUUCAUUCUUCCAGCUAUUUGGAAAACAGUGUCUGCAACUAUAAGCAAAGCUAUUCAUGGCAGUCUGUUCUGUAACUUUCCCAAGUAUCUGAGGCCUUUUUUUUUUUUUUAAGCUCUAUUCUUGAUUACUUAUACCAGCUGAAUAGGCACUUUCAGUCGUGCUCUCUCAUUGUUCAAACAUAUCUUAUCGCUUUGUACAUAAAUGGAGUUCCACGUAUGUAGCUGACAGACUGAACUAUGAUACGUCCCCCAUCAACCUGAAAUAUUAAGUAAACAUUACCCCCUGCUCUGUCUGAACAGCUGCUGCAACAGAGAGUGCUUUUAUUUUGGGUAUACUUGUAACGCCCUAAAUGCCAGAACUACUGCAAGCGUUUCUAGAUUUUCAUUUGUGAAGUAUUGUGGGGGGGAGUGUUCUCUCCCUGGGUUGUUACCCUUUGAUUCUGUAACCAAUGAUUUAGAUCUUGGUGAUGUGUUCUGUUGUUCCUACCUCCGGUCAGCAAGCCUUUAACUGGACCCUAGGAGUGAUUUGUAUCCUUAGGCAAUUGUAGGUUUCAGAGGAAUGACUGGUUUAGAGUUCAAAUGAAAUUAGCUCUGCCUCUCUCUUAUUCACACUUUGUAAAACACAGUGCUUCUAGUCAGGUUGCUAGCCCAGUGGUGUUUAUUACUCCUGUUUUUGAAACCUAUUCAUUUCUUUUAUGCUUCUGUCGCCUACCUGUCAGGCUGUUGAUGACAGGUGUUGAGUCACCUUGACUUUAAAAUCCUUUUGUGGCAGGCAGAAGUGUGUUGGGUAAGAUCCGUACACACACACAUACACAUGCUCACUCACUCAUUCCAGCUUGGAAGGCUAGAGAAGUUGCUGGAUAUACUUUCUAACUUAGGCUCCAUUUCAUAAUCUCUUGAACAUGUCUCUGACCCAUACACCUCCUUUCUGCUCUCUGCUCCCUAACAAAACUACAAAACAACUAGAAAUAGGAAUGGAUGGAAGUGAAUGAGAAAGAUGAAGUUCUUCAGUGAAAGCCUUUUCUUGGGUGGGCCACACCUCAGUUUUGCAGCUGUGUGUAUGUGUGUCUCCUGGUGUUAGCACUGAUAUCCAACCCAAGCAAUGCCAGUCAAUCUCUCUAUAUGCUGUGGGGUGAAGGUGGGGUGAGAUUGUCAGCUUGUGCCAUUUCCCAGGUGUGGCUGACAGGUGCACGUUUAGGACAGAAGAUUUUUGAACUGCUUCUUAAGAACACAGUCAGCUCUCAAUGUUGCCAAGAUUUACAUAAUUUAUACAGUAUAGUGAAGUUGUGUAAGAGGGAAUUGAUGGAAAACCAAUUUUUCUGCUGGAAGGGGCCUAAGUCAUUCAGCCACUGGCUUCUAGAGUAGCCGGCACACUGCCUGGCACAUAAUAGGAUCUAUGUAAAAUAUUUGUUGAAUGUAUAUAUGAAUUUAAGCCAGGAAUUGCAAAUGACUCUAGGGACCAAGGAGGUAACAUGGAAGUGUCAAUUGGAUAGAUUUUUAAGAUAAUGGUGGGGACAGCAGCACACUUGCGAGCGCAUACCCUGCCUGAAGCAGUCACAUUUUAAAAAUUAAGAAAUUCUGGGUCAGGCAGAACCCUCAGAUCAGUUGACCUUGACAGUCCAACCUCUUCUUUUUAUAGAUAAGAAAGUGUGUUUGGCUGAAGUAACAGAGCUGGUAGAAGCAGAGCUAGAACUAAAACUCAGAUCUUCUUUCUUCUAAGCUGAUACUCUUUCUGUUCUACCACAAAAGUGAUUUACUCUUAGAUUAGCAAAUAAUGGAAUAUAAAGUGUUUCAAGUUUAUAAUGGAUUCAUUUCAUCUCCCUUGCUGUGGUGUUAUCCCGAUAAUUAUAGGCUGUGUUAAAGCUCAGGUUUAAAAUUUAUGGGCAUGGAUGAACAGUGAAAGGCAGACUUAAAAAAUUUUUCUUCCUCUAAUGUGUCACAUUUUCUCGCAUUCCACGUUUUCAGGAAUCAAUUAUUAGUUACUUGGCAAAUAAUUUCUCUUUCUUUUUAGUGUACUGGUUCCGCCUAUGUGGAAGGCCAUGGAGAAGAGACUGGGAGCCAAGCCAAGCCCUGCUUCCUGGAUUUUAUCAAGAUAUUGUUGGCAGACUCCCGUGAAGUGGUUGAGAAGCCUGUACCUGUUUUAUACUUGUUUCUGCUUCAGUGCUCUGUCAUUGUCAGCAGAUGCCAGUGAGAGCAGGUGCCAGCAGGGGAAGACACAAUUUGGAGUUGGCCUGAGAUCUGGGGGAGAAAAUCACCUCCGGCUUCUUGAAGGAACCCCCUCUCUUCAGUCAUGUUGGGCUGCCUGCUGUCAGGACUCUGCUUGCUAUGCCUUUUGGUGGCUAGAAGGGAUGUGCAUUCAGGCAGACUGCAGCAGGCCCCAGAGCUGCCGGGCUUUUAGGACAGACUCUUCCAAUUCCGUGCUGGUGUUUUUAAAAAAAUUCCAAACUGCAAAUGAUUUGGGAUUUCCACCUGAAGAUGAUGUACCACAUCUUCUGGGGCUAGGCUGGAGCAGGGCAUCUUGGAGAAGGCAGAGCCCAACCAGAGCGCCAGUCAUUCCUGCUGUAUCUUCCAGUGACCAGCAGAGCUUAAUCAGGAAGCUUCAGAAGAGAGAGAGUCCCAGUGAAGAAGUAUUUGCACCUGUAGUCACACAGCGUUUUAUAAAGAAUGACUCCAAGGAACUAGGUGGUCUGAAUACCAGUGACUCUGCAGAGGUCCACAAGGCAGUUACAAUUUCCAGUCAUUUAACCACAGACCUGACUGCAGAGAUUCCUGAAUGGCCAAAGAAUAUAUCAGUCCAACCUGAGACUUUGGAAGAUCCUGAUAGUAUACCCAGCACUCAGCAAGUAAAAAGUCCUGGGAAAACCCAGAUUGCUACCACUCUGCCAGUGGCUCCCUCCUCCAGUUAUGUUACCCCUACCCCCCAGGCCUCUUUCCAGAGCCCUUCAGUAUCAUACCCAGUUGUAAAGGAACUGGUAGUAUCUGCUGGAGAGAGUGUCCAGAUAACGCUGCCUAAGAAUGAAGUUCAGUUAAAUGCAUAUGUUCUCCAAGAACCACUCAAAGGAGAAACCUACACCUACAAGUGGCAGCUGAUUACUCAUCCUAAAGACUACAGUGGAGAAAUGGAAGGGAAACAUUCUCGGAUCCUCAAAUUAUCCAAGCUCACUCCAGGCCUGUAUGAAUUCAGAGUGAUGGUAGAUGGUCUAAAUAGCCAUGGGGAAGGCUAUGUGAACGUGACAGUAAAACCAGAGCCCCGGAAGAACCGGCCUCCUGUUGCCAUCGUGUCACCACAGUUCCAGGAGAUCUCUCUACCAACCACUUCUACAGUCAUUGAUGGCAGCCAAAGCACUGAUGAUGAUAAAAUCGUCCAGUACCACUGGGAGGAACUUAAGGGACCUCUGAGAGAAGAGAAGAUUUCUGGAGAUACGGCCAUACUAAAACUAAGUAAGCUCGUCCCUGGAAACUACACUUUCAGCUUGACUGUAGUAGAUUCUGAUGGAGCUACCAGCUCUACCACUGCAAGCCUGACAGUGAAUAAAGCUGUGGAUUACCCUCCUGUGGCUAACGCAGGCCCCAAUCAAGUGAUCACGCUGCCCCAAAACUCCAUCACCCUCUUUGGGAACCAGAGCACCGAUGAUCACGGCAUCACCAGCUAUGAGUGGUCACUCAGCCCAAGCAGCAAAGGAAAAGUGGUGGAGAUGCAGGGUGUUAGAACACCAACCCUUCAGCUCUCUGCAAUGCAGGAAGGAGACUACACUUACCAGCUCACAGUGACUGACACAAUAGGACAGCAGGCCACAGCUCAAGUGACUGUUAUUGUGCAGCCUGAAAAUAACAAGCCUCCUCAGGCAGAUGCAGGCCCAGAUAAAGAACUGACCCUUCCUGUGGACAGCACAACUCUGGAUGGCAGCAAAAGCUCGGAUGAUCAGAAAAUUAUUUCGUAUCUCUGGGAAAAAACCCAGGGACCUGACGGGGUGCAGCUGGAGAAUGCUAACAGCAGUGUCGCCACUGUGACUGGGCUGCAAGUGGGAGCCUAUGUGUUCACCUUGACUGUCAAAGAUGAGAGGAACCUGCAAAGCCAGAGUUCUGUGAAUGUCAUUGUCAAAGAAGAAAUGAACAAACCACCAAUAGCCAAGAUAACUGGGAGUGUGGUGAUUACUUUGCCCACAAACACAGCAGAGCUGGAUGGCUCCAAGUCCUCAGAUGACAAAGGAAUAGUCAGCUACCUCUGGACUCGAGAUGACGGGAGCCCAGCAGCAGGGGAGGUAUUAAAUCACUCUGACCAUCAUCCUAUCCUCUUCCUUUCCAACCUGGUCGAGGGAACCUACACAUUUCAUCUGAAAGUGACUGAUGCAAAGGGUGAGAGUGACACAGACCGGACCACUGUCGAGGUGAAACCUGAUCCCAGGAAAAACAACCUGGUGGAGAUCAUCUUGGAUGUCAACGUCAGUCAGCUAACUGAGAGGCUGAAGGGGAUGUUCAUCCGCCAGAUUGGGGUCCUCCUGGGGGUGCUGGAUUCCGACAUCAUUGUGCAAAAGAUUCAGCCGUACACGGAGCAGAGCACCAAGAUGGUAUUUUUUGUUCAAAACGAGCCUCCACACCAGAUCUUCAAAGGCCAUGAGGUGGCAGCAAUACUCAAGAGUGAGCUGCGGAAGCAAAAGGCGGAGUUUCUGGUAUUCGGAGCCCUGGAAAUCAAUACUGUCACAUGUCAGCUGAACUGUUCUGACCAUGGCCACUGUGACUCAUUCACCAAGCGCUGUGUCUGUGACCCUUUUUGGAUGGAGAAUUUCAUCAAGGUGCAGCUGAGGGAUGGAGACAGCAACUGUGAGUGGAGCGUGUUAUAUGUUAUCAUUGCUUCCUUUAUCAUUGUUGUUGCCUUGGGAAUCCUGUCUUGGACUAUGAUCUGUUGUUGUAAGAGGCAAAAAGGAAAACCUAAGAGGAAAAGCAAGUACAAGAUCCUGGAUGCCACCGACCAGGAAAGUCUGGAGCUGAAGCCAACCUUCCGAGCAGGCAUCAAGCAAAAAGGCCCGAUGCUGAGCAGCAGCCUGAUGCACUCCGAGUCAGAACUGGACAGUGACGAUGCCAUCUUCACGUGGCCAGACAGAGAGAAGGGCAAACUCCUGCUUGGUCAGAAUGGCUCCGUGCCCAAUGGGCAGACCCCGCUGAAGGCGAGGAACCCACGGGAGGAGAUCUUGUAGCCACUUGGUCUGUCUCCUCAGGGCAGGGGGUGGGCAGUGUCAGGGCCCAGAGCACUGUCAGGUUGGGCUCUCAGGCCUCCCAAGUCUCCGGGCAGCUAUUCUCCCUGCACCCUAACUCUCCAGCCAGAACUGCUGGUACUUGAAUCCAGAGACGUUCUCCAGGAACUCCUGAUGAAGCUGUGAAUUAAGAGGUUUCUUCUUUAAACUUGAUAGGCCCCCAAAAGAUAACAUACAUCUCAGGGCUUCAUCUUUGGCAAACUCCUUCCCUGCCCCAGGGUUGCAUACAGCCAGUCCCUGGCCUCCUCUCCAGCUCCUCUGUUAGCAGCCUGGCUGCUCAAGAGUACCUGCAGGAAGUGGGGAGGCCUGGCUGUGGCCCCGGGAAGUUCUGCCAAGAGCUCCACGCCUCCCCCUGCACCUGCGGCACAGAACCGAGCGCCACCAGCCUCCUGCGAGCUGCCUGUGGCCUGUUCUCUGCUGUCUGUCUCUGGGAUGGGGUGCGCCCUCUCACUGGGCCAAGAGGAAGUGGCUAACCCAUUCCCUCACCACUGAUGCUGGGAUGGUUGUACAGACCUGGUUUCUGGUGCCCUUAGCACUGGAGCCCCACCCCCUUUUCCGUCUGCCCAAGGUUAUGGGAGGACCAGCCCUUUCAGGGAUGCAGAGGCUGUUGGGCCCCUGUGGCUGCUGGGGCUGUGGUGUCGGAGCAGCCAGGCUGAUGCAGACUGUCUCCCCUCCUCUUCUUUGGGCCAGCACUUGCUGCUUCAGGGCUCAGGCCAGCACUCCUGUCCCCAGAAGAGACAACACACACUGACUGGAAUAUCGUGGCAUGAGAGUGCAUGUGUGCGACUGCCCCACCGUGGUCUUCUCACACCCAUGUGUGUCUUCUCUGUGUCCCUUGCAUGUGUGUUUACGUUAGAGUGCGCGCGUGGGCAUCAACUCUUUGUAGGGCUCUUGGCUACUCACAAGGCAGCCUUGACUUGGAAAGACCUUCAACUCCUUGGAACAGAGACUUCCUAAAUGCUUGUGGCCCCACCACGGGUUCCUCAGCCACGGUGUCUGGGUGUGGAGGAAUGGGAGCUUGAGGGGAGAGACUUUUUAAAGAAAAGACUUAACAGUUUGUACUACUGCACUCCUGUCUGUUGUGAGAUGAUUAAACCUGCUAUUUAAUUGUACACCUGCCUGCUGGGUGUGCUGCAUCUCUGACCUGCACCACAGGUCCAGCCAGCUGUGCCUCUGUGAUGCGCUGGCCACUGGUACGGAAGUGUCAGGCUGGCGUCAGCGUGUGGCCACAGUGCUGGGACCCUGCCUUAGCUUCCUGCCCAGCGUUGACGGACAGGAGCCAAUCACUCCUGCGCCCCUGCUGGCCAACUGCUACCCUUGGCCAAGGGAGGGGAGUUUUAUGUCCUUUUCUUACCUUUUGUUAACACAAACAUGACCCCUGUCCCCAUGUGUCCAAGCUGGGGGACACAGAGUGUCCUCAAGUCCAGGCUAUGGCCUUUAGAGUUUCUGGCCACUGCUCUUCCCUUUUCGGUUCCCAAAUCAAUAGGGUUGGCCACAUGCCUCCAGACACAGUCAUUGUAUAUUGUUCAUGGAGCACCUUAAGGGUCGUGUGGGGUAGAAGAAGGGCUGGUGUUCAAUCUUGGACCCCCAGAAAGGGAGAGGAGGACCACUGAGCCAUAGCAAGAUGAAGUAAUUUAGCCCACACAGAUAGUAAAUGAAAGGAUUAGAACUCAGGCCCAGCAGAGCCUGAGUUCUCAAACUUCAGCAUGGAUCAGAAUUCCCUGGAGGGUUUGUUAAAACACACAUUGCUGGCCCUACCCGAGUUUCUGACUCAGUAAAUGAUGAGAGUGUGCAUUUCUAACAAGUUCCAGGAGAUGCUUAAGCUGCUGGUCCAGGGGCCACACUUUGAGGACUGCUGGUCUCAUAGAGCAUAUUUAGUGCAACAAGAAUCAGAGGCAGCACGUCACCUGUUCUGAUUAUUUAUUUUAUAUUUUAUUGUACUUUAAGGGAAAGUUUACAGUUCAAGUUAGUCUC